AUGCUGAACACCCAGCUCAGAGGGAACAGUGAUGCUUCCUGCCCGUCCUAUUUUGCUCUCACCAAUGGCUGUGUGGGUGGCUCCAUAAUGGCAGUGAGUGAGGCCCUGGUGUGUGUGAGGAACACUCUCCUGCCACUCUGGCUGGGGGUGAUUCUGUUCCCAUAUGGAUGGUUCCAGGUUGUGCUCUCCCAACGCAAUGGUGCCCCAGAAGUGGUGAUUCCCUUGAAGGUAACAGGCACUGGCAUUGGCAUGAAGAUUGGAGACUGGCUCUCUUACAAAAUGCAUUUUGGGGGCCAGAGACACAUUGUCCACAUGAAGGUCAACAAGCAUUUUCUAUCCAGACACUUCCGAGUGGUUACCUACUCGGACCAGGGUGCUCUUCUUGAGGAACGGCCUUUCAUCAAGAAUGACUGCUACUAUCAUGGGUAUGUGGAGGGGGACUCAGAAUCCCUGGUUGCUAUCAGUACCUGUUUGGGCAGUUUACAGGGCAUAUUACAGACAAAUGACAUUGUUUAUGAAAUAGAGCCUAAGAGACGUUCUACCACAUUUGAACAUCUCUUAUAUAGGAUAAAGAGUGAAGAGAGACAAUUGCCAUCCAUGAAAUGUGGAUUAACAGAUGAAGAAAUAGCAAGACAAUUGAACUUUCAGGAGAGUGCUAAUUUCACUUUGAUGCAAAGUGGGUAUGAAGGCUGGUGGACUCACAGGCGGCUUCUUGAACUGGCAGUGGUGGUGGACCACAAUCGUUAUCUUCAUCACCGAAGUAACACCACAGCUGUGCAGUAUGAAGUAUUACUUGUAGUCAAUGGAAUAGAUAACUUUUUGAGUUCAGUGGAUGUUGAUGUGGUUUUAAUGGGAAUUGAGGUCUGGACUGAAAAAAAUCCAGUUCCAAUGGAUACCAUAUUGGUUCUCCUGGAGGGAUUUUGCAUAUGGAAGAGAACUGGCUUCAGUGAUCGCAUUCCCCAUGAUGUUGCACAUCUUUUUGUAAAGCGUGAUUAUGGUAUUAGUGUUGGCUUAGCCUAUCUUAAAACCGUAUGUAAAAGCCAUGCUAGUUGUGGAGUUGAUAGUUUCAUGAGCGAUGACGUGUAUGAUUUGGCAUACAUUGUGUCACAUGAGAUUGGUCAUAAUUUGGGUAUGGAUCAUGAUGGACCAACUUGUACAUGUGGACAUAAAACCUGCAUAAUGUUUCCAGAAAAAGACAGUGCAACUAGAUUCAGCAACUGCAGUUAUGCUGACUUCAUGGACAUGAUGGACACCAUAGCAAGGAAAAAUUGUUUGUACAUUUCAUCAAAUACAGGAAACAUCUUCACACUUGCACGGUGUGGGAACAGUGUGGUUGAAGAAGGAGAAGAGUGUGACUGUGGCGCUUUACAUUUGUGUAUGAAAGAUCCGUGCUGUGAGUCCAACUGCACUCUCAGCGCUGGGGCUGCUUGUGCUUUUGGGCUUUGUUGCAAAGACUGUCAGAUCCUGCCAACAGGCGAAGUUUGUAGACAAGAGGAAAAUGACUGUGAUCUCCCAGAGUGGUGCAAUGGGACAUCCUAUCAUUGUCCAGAGGACGUGUACUUGCAGAAUGGGAUGCCAUGCAAGGGCGGUGGCUCCUGCUAUGAAAAGAGAUGCAAUAACCGUGAAGAGCAGUGUAGGAAUAUUUUUGGAAAAAUGGCCAACAGUGCCAAUCAGCGUUGCUACACAGAAAUUAACACUCAAGGUGACCGUUUUGGGAACUGUGGUUUCAAGCAGUCUAGAUAUGUAAAAUGUGACAUCUCAGAUACCUUGUGCGGGAGGAUUCAGUGUGACAAUGUGACAGAACUUCCCCUUCUGAGAGAUCAUUCUACUGUGCAUUGGACUCAGUUGAAUGGCGCCACCUGCUGGGGUACCGACUACCACUUCGGGAUGACCAUACCUGACAUUGGUGAUGUGAAAGAUGGGACAGAGUGUGGGGCAGAACAUGUCUGCAUCACAAGGAAGUGUGUCCAUAGGUCACUUCUGGUAAAUUAUUGCUCACCUGAGACGUGCAGUAUGAAAGGAGUCUGCAACAACAGACAGCACUGCCAUUGCAACUAUGACUGGGAUCCUCCCUUCUGCCUAAAAGAAGGCAGUGGAGGUAGUAUAGAUAGUGGGCCUCCCCCACGGAAAACAAUUAGGCAAAAAAUCAAUUACCUGCAACUGCUUUGGUUGAUUCCUUUUAUCCUUUUAUUAUGCUCGUCAGUUUUGUGUUUUCUGACACGAAGAGGAACAGAUAAGAGUGAAGAGCAGAACGUGUCACCUUCAGAUGAGUAA